AUGCGCCGCCAAUCUGAGCGCCCCCGUGGCCGCACCCUCAAAACUUAUUCGAAGAAACCCCAGAGCCGCAGGUCCCUUGGCGCAGAAAUAUACCGCGACUUGACGGCUGGCAAUAACUCUAGGGUUUCGAGCGGCGACGAAUCAUCCAUCCGGGGAACUCCACCUAUUGUCGGUCAUCGCACCCCUUCAGCAUCGUUUCAAAGGGAUGAAGAGAGCUUGCCUAAGACCAAGGAGAGUAUCGCACUUACACCCGAAGAAACACACCAUGACAGAGUUCAGCGUACCAAAGACCCCUAUCACAUUCAGACCUCGUCCAUCAGCCUAGAAGAAGCUUCAUCGCAAGAUGAUGACGAUUCAUCAUCGAGGGACCAGCAGUCGCAAUCCGAUAGCUCGCCAAAUUUGGGCGUCACAUCCGUCGGACGGGGCGCUACACACUCGGCCAUCAAAACGGAACCACGAGACUCGCCUGAGGCCUUUCCCGAUGCGAUGGACCGGAGUCGUGUUCCACAGCUUCAUACUAAAACUGAAGGCUCUCCAUUUCAGAGGCGGAAAAGAAAGAGAGCAGAGUCUCCCUUUGGGUCUGACUUCUUGGUGGCCCACCAGCCGCGACGGUUUAACCAACAAGAAGGAACCUGA